AUCUUAUUAUUAAAUUUUAUUUUAUUCCUUUUGCAAAGCAUCAUCCCAUUAUUUUAAAAAACAAAUCCACUGCAGUCACCAAAUUGCCGAUUCACGUAUCCAUCACAUUCUUGAUCAUUGAAUUAAAAUCAAACAGUCUUAACUUUAAUAUAAUUUUUCAUUUGUUUUUAAAUAAAAAUACAAACCUAAAAUAUAAACCAUCAGAUCUUAAUUCAACGAUAAAAAAUAUGCCGAAUCCGUGAAUCCGGCAUAUUUUUAACUGCAGGCAACCCCAGUGCUUGUUUUUAGUAGUUGCAGUAGAUGAGAUGACUUUAUAACCUCUGUUCUGUCUAUAUUUAUAGCAACUUCUAACUCACUUUACUUCAUCCAUCUUUGGGGCCUCUGUAGCAGAAGCUUAAUACCACUUUCUCAAAGCUAUUAAGACAAAUUUUCCGUCAACAUGGGGCAAAAGCAUUUUGCUGCGGUUUUCUGUUUGUGGGCUUUAACAUGUUCCCUGCUUCCUUUGUUCUCCUUUGGAAUGAUGAGAGUUGGUUUGCAGAAGAGACCUCUAGAUCUUCAUAGUAUUAAUGCUUUUAAAAAGGCAAGAGAACAACAUCUAAGAUCAGGAAGACCAAUGAUGGGUGCACUGUCCAAUGGUGAACCUAUAGUACCUUUGAAGGAUUAUAUGAACGCUCAAUAUUUUGGUGAGAUUGGAAUUGGCACGCCUCCACAAACCUUUACUGUCAUAUUCGAUACCGGUAGUUCCAACCUUUGGGUUCCAUCAUCCAAAUGUUACUUUUCUCUUGCCUGUUAUACCCAUAAUUGGUACAAGGCAAAGAAAUCCCAUACGUAUAACAAAAACGGAACGUCUUGUAAAAUAAGCUAUGGAACCGGAUCAAUAUCUGGUUUCUUCAGUCAAGAUAAUGUUAAAGUUGGCAGUUCCAUUGUCAAGAAUCAGGAUUUCAUUGAGGCUACCCGAGAAGGAAGUCUUACUUUUCUUGUUGGAAAGUUUGAUGGAAUAUUUGGACUUGGAUUUCAAGAGAUCUCAGUUGGAAGGGCUUUGCCAGUAUGGUACAAUAUGGUGGAACAACAUCUUGUCAGUGAGAAGGUCUUCUCCUUUUGGCUCAAUGGGAAUCCUAAUGCGAAAAAGGGUGGUGAAUUAGUUUUUGGUGGUGUUGACCCUAAGCAUUUCAAAGGAAACCACACUUAUGUUCCGGUUACUGAAAAAGGUUACUGGCAGAUUGAAAUGGGAGAUUUUUUCAUUGGAGGCUCGUCAACAGGUGUUUGUGAAGGUGGUUGUGCUGCUAUUGUGGACUCGGGAACAUCUUUGCUUGCUGGUCCAACUGCUGUUGUGACUGAAAUCAACCAUGCAAUUGGAGCUGAAGGAGUUCUAAGUGUAGAAUGUAAAGAAGUCGUUUCUCAAUAUGGAGAGUUGAUAUGGGAUCUCCUAGUAUCAGGGGUAAAACCUGGUGACGUAUGUUCACAAGUUGGUUUAUGCUCUAUGCGCCGGGAUCAAUCUAAGAGUGCUGUGAUUGAGAUGGUGACUGAAAAAGAACAGAGUGAGUUGUCAGCUAGAGAUACUCCUUUGUGUUCUUCUUGCCAGAUGCUUGUUCUUUGGGUUCAGAAUCAACUAAAACAAAAGGCAAACAAGGAAAGAGUAUUCGACUAUGUGAAUCAACUGUGUGAGAGUAUUCCAAGUCCAUCCGGAGAAUCAGUGGUAGGCUGUAACGAUAUUACUAAGUUGCCAAACAUUUCAUUCACUAUCGGAGACAAACCCUUUGUCCUCACACCUGAACAGUAUAUUCUAAGAACCGGAGAAGGCAUUACAGAGGUCUGCCUUAGCGGGUUUAUUGCUUUUGACAUUCCUCCUCCAAAGGGUCCACUCUGGAUUCUUGGUGAUGUUUUCAUGAGGGCAUAUCACACUGUUUUCGACUACGGAAACCUUCAAGUUGGUUUUGCUGAAGCUGCCUAGUUACCACUUGUGGAUGAAUAUCUUUAUGGAAUAUUUUCUUACUUUGGUUUCUGUAUUGUAAAUAAGCUGUUGUACUAUGUAACUACUAUACUCUAGCUCAGGUUCACUUCAUGGAUUAACAUAUGCAUGUAUUUUAUCUAUGCACGUAUGAUCGUACGUGAAAAUAUACACUUAAAAGUUUGUAUGCUCUUACGUUAAGGACCAUUUUCACUUUAAAUAGAGUUCAGUCGACACUCGUA